AUGGAAGAAGAUUUCCCGCCUCUACCACCUCCUGCUGCAGCAAAUAGAGAAAUGGACAGACCCGGGACCGUCCCCUAUGCUACGGCUAGGGUUCCUGCCACCGCAGCAGCACCAGUCCUGACUGUCCAUAAAGAAGGGGAUCUAGUUAUUAUUUGUGAACCGUCGCCUUACAAUUCAUUGCGCGAGCAGACGCCAUACAUGGUCCGACUCUCCAGCCGAGAUAUCACGAGAGAUAGCGAGUAUUUUAGAGCCCUGCUAGACCCUGCGAAAUUCCAGGAAGGUCGGUCGCUUUUACGGAGCCAUGAACAGAUGGAAGCCCAAUAUGGGUCAAAAGAACUGGCUUUGAAGCAAAUGGACAUAGACCAGCUAUUUAAUUUCAAAAUUGAGCUUCCACCAUUAUCAACCAGAGCUGACCUGAAGGAGACAUUGACCCUGUACUUUGAAAUCAUAUGCUCCUCUGGCCCACAAUACAUUCCUGGCCUGGCCGAUGUGAUCAAGCGACUUGCAGGUUGCCCGGCUCCCAGGCUGGCUAGCCUGCUUGUCCUCUCGGAUAGGUUUCUUUCAAAUCCUGCGAUAAGACAUGCUUUCCAGCUAGCUUUAGGACAGGAUAUGGAAGCCGGCUUUCCACGUACGGUAACCCGUCUACGGCGCGUGCAGUCUCGGAGUGAAGAAGGCCUAAGGGAGGGAAUCUUCCUAGCACGCUUCCUCGAAGAGCCGGUAUCCUUCUCCCGCCUGACGCAGUCGCUAAUUCUCCGAGGUUCUGUUAACUGGAUGGCAGAGAAGCCUGGUGGCAUAGCUGGACUCGAGAAGCCCCUAUGGUGGCACUUGCCAGGAGACAUGGAAGAAGAACUUCAAUAUCGGCAUGACGCUAUAAUCCAUACCAUAAAUGAGAUUCAGAAUUACUUUCUUGCCGCAUAUGGAGCACUCAAUCCAUACCAAACACCACCAUGUUCUCCCUUUGAUAUACUUAAUCAACGGAAUCAACCAAAGCGAAAGGUACAGUGCCGCCGUGCUUUAGAGAAUUCCGAAGUAUGCGAUUCAUUCCAACUGGGCGAGAUGAUUCGUUUUUUCACUUCCCGGUCCAAAACACUCUUCCUGGAAUCCGGGCUAUAUUUAGAGUCAGACCUGGGAAGCAGCGAAGGAGAAGAUGGAUUUGCCCAAGCUGCAAGGUUAGCCCGAGAAAUGAGGACGAUGAAGGGGAAUAGUAACGUUGUCGCAAGACUGAAUGCAAUGAACCCAGCCGAAAUGGCUAAUAUCAGUACCAUACUUUCGUACCUGAGACGUUGCCCUGAGCGUCAGAUGGAUUCCAACCAUGUGGGAUGCGGACUUCGACGUCGACUUCUUCCUCUUCUGGAAUAUAUCGAUAAAUUUUUUGAGUUAGGCAAACCAUCUCUGGCGACUCGCCAUGGGCAAGUUGGCCUGUGCAUCAAGCACGACCGUUUCGGUAUGGAUGAGCGUGACUCUUGGAGCAAUAGUGAAUUCCGUGAAGAGGUGUGCGUCGUAGUGAGCGCUCACACGCCGGUUUCCAUUAAGUUUCCCAAUCCAAGCACGUCAAUUGCUCUGAAAGGCCGUACUUACUCGUGGACGGAUGGUUGGUGCGGCUGUAUACAUUCGGCAAUGGAAGCAAGGGCAUUCUUUACAUCCAAGAAUCGGCAUUGGGAAUGUUAG